UUUUUCGACGAGGUCUUCUUUAUCUGGUAUCUUUAUUUCACGUAAAUCCAGGUCUGACCGUGACGAAUCUGCGGACGAAACAUCUGGAGACGGAAACUAUCGCCAGUUAACCUGAUCACCAGUUAAACUGGAACAGCGGAACCAACAAAACAGUGAUGUGUUUGCAGCCGGGACUCUAAGAGCAGACGCACGUCGUUCAUGUAGCAACUUUGGACCACAUGGGAAAGUGUAAAUUCAACGAAAAUUGGCUGUCCAACCAAGAUUUAUCUUCACGGCAGAAAGCGGUACCAGGUAGUGUGUACGAGGCACGGUGUAUUUUGUGCAAGAAAUGUUUCAAACUCGGCACGAUGGGAGUGAAGGCCGUGGAGUCACACAUGCACAGCGCAAAACAUAAAGCCUCGAAAUCGAGCUGCCAACAAACGCCGGGUAUUUCCCAGUUCUGUUCUACUCUCGUCUCCACCGUGCCUCCAGCCCCAGCCCCGAUAGCAACAACCGGGACCGCAGCACCGCAUCUCCGGACUAUGUUCGGGUGGACGCCUACACUGAAAGCACAGACUCUGACAUUGCCCACUCGUUUGCGUGUGGUUCGGUGCAAGACGGCCUACAUCAGCAGGUUUGGAUUAGCCCCGUACAUUUCAGAGCAGCUUGUUGCGGAUGCUAACAAGGACGUGUUUGUUUUAAUGUUUGGCGAGAGCCUCAACCAGACCACGAAAACAAAACAACUGGAUCUGCAUAUCCGCUAUUGGUGCGAAGAUCACGUCCAGUCAAGAUAUUCGGGGUCGCAGUUGAUGGGACAUGGAACAGCUGAGGAUUUACUACGCCAUUUCAAAGAAGGUGCCAAGGACCUGGAUAGGCAUAAGGUGCUGUCCAUUUCCAUGGAUGGACCAAACAUUAAUUGGAAGUUCCUGGAGCUACUGCAGCAAGAACAUAUUGCAACUGAAGGAAUUUUGCCUGGAGGUGUGGUAAAAGAAAAAAAAAACCUUUUUACUGGACCAAAAAGUCAUGUUUUAUGUUAAAAUAAACAUUUGGGUAAAAUUGUCCCUAACCCUAUGUAAUUGAUGUGGUGUUUUUUUUUUUCAUUUGUGUUUAUUGUGAAGUUGGAAAUUUAAUUUCAAAUGGCAAUAAAAAAGUCUUAAAAAGUUUUGAAUUUAACUUGCCUUAAGCUGUAGGAAGCCUGACAUACUAAACUAUGUUUUGGUGACAUUUUUGACCGUAUACUGAACUAUGACAUUUAUUCGCCAUUUUUGACCACAUACCAAACUAUGAUGUUUUUGUGCCAUUUUUGAACACAUACUAAACUAUGAUGUUUUCGUGACAUUUUUGACCACAUACUAAAUUAAGAGGUUUUGGUGACAUUUUUGACCACAUAUUAAACUAUGACGUUUUUUUCACAAUUUUUGACCACAUACUAUGAUGUUUUUUUUCACCAUUUUUGACCACAUACUAAACUAUGACGUUUUUUCACCAUUUUUGACCACAUACUAUGAUGUUUUUUUCACCAUUUUUCACCACAUACUAAACUAUGACGUUUUUUCCCCAUUUUUGACCACAUACUACACUAUGACGUUUUCAUGACAUUUUUGACCACAACCUAAACUGUUUUUGUGACAUUUUUGACCACAAACUAAACUAUGACGAUUUUGUGACAUUUUUGACCACAUACUGAACUAUGACGUUUUGUGGGAAAAGAAAUCAUCAUGAAUUUUGUCCAUAGUAUACUAUGUCCAAAAAAAUGUGAUUUUUCAACAUGUUGUAAAAACGUGCCAUAUGAUGAAAUAAUGUAAAGUAGGCAGUGAAAAA